UCGCCUCGCUGCUGCUGUUCGCCGGGAUGAACGUGGCCGGCAUGUACACCCGCUUCCUGACCGACCGCAGCCAGCGGGGAGCAUACCUAGAGACGCGACGAGCCAUCGCCACUGCCCUGCAUGCUCAGCAGGAGAACGACAAGCAGGAGAAGCUGCUACUCUCCAUCUUGCCGCGGUUCGUGGCUCUGGAAAUGAUCAGAGACAUCUCGCGGAGUGACCAGGAACCGUCGCCUACGGGCGCACCUGCUGAAGGCCAGUUCCACAAGAUUUACAUCCACCGCUGCGAAAAUGUCAGCAUCCUGUUCGCAGACAUCGUCGGCUUCACUGCGCUGGCGUCCCUCUGCAGCGCCAACGAGCUCGUCAAGCUUCUCAACAGGCUGUACGCCCGCUUCGACCACAUCGCCCACGACACAGACUGUCUGCGGAUCAAGCUGCUGGGCGACUGCUACUACUGCGUGUGCGGCCUGCCCACGUCCCGGCCCGACCACGCCAUCUGCUGCGUCGAGAUGGCUCUGGGCAUGCUGCAGGCGGUGCACAGCGUCCGCCAGACGCUGCAGGUGCACGUGGACAUGCGCAUCGGGGUCCACUCGGGCUCGGUGCUGUGCGGCGUGCUGGGCCUGCGCAAGUGGCAGUUCGACGUCUGGUCGGACGACGUCACGCUGGCCAAUCAGAUGGAAGCGGGCGGCGUGGCAGGCCGUGUGCACAUCUCGCAGGCCACGCAGUCUUGGCUGGGUCACCUGUACGAGCUAGAGCCUGGACACGGCGCUGACAGGAACCAGCUCCUCAGGGAGCGGGGCGUGGAGACGUACCUGAUCGGGCGCACGGAGCCGCUGUUUCCCGGCCGGCGGCGCUCUCACCGCUCGUCCUCGGCGCCGCUGUGGUCUGAGGUGGCAGCCCCAGCCGCCGCCGCCCGGCCCGCCGCCGACGACGACUACUACGAGUGGAUGCCCGAGAUCCCGUUCGAAAACGUGUCGAUGGGUGCCGGCCGGCCGUGGGUGGACGGCCUGGCGCCGGGGCCGGCGGCCUCCUACGCGGAAGAGGAGCGCACCGAGCCCGGACACUCCGGCGCCGGUUCUGGGCAGCAGGACGAUCUAGAGAGCUUCCUCUCCAGCAGCGCCGAGGCGGAGAACCACCUGCAGCACCGGCGUCUGCAGAUGAAGCCCUGCACGCUGCGCUUCAGGGACGAGUGUGACGAGUGCGAGUACCAGAACACAAAGGGAGAUCUCUUCAAAUCCAGUAUCACGUGCGCAUGUGUAUUGUGGAUAUUCAUAGUGACCACCCAGUUCACAUUGCAAGUCACGUUAUAUCAGUCGGUGUCCGCCGCGAUCGCGUUCGUUAUUCUAGCCACAAUCCUCCUGUUGGCGCUGGGGGAGGAGAUGACGGGCAAGCAGUCCAUCAUAUAUAAGGUAUCGCGCCGAAUCAAUCUGGAGCGACGGUACCGGCUGCUGCUCACAUGCCUCUGCAUAUACACCAUCGCCGCUUCAGCCGUGUUCGCCGUGAUGUCGUGUGAGGUGAGCUGCGCCGGCCCGGCCACCGACAGCACGUGUCGCACGUACGACCUGCGCACGACGUGCCCCGAGCCGGAGUACUACGUGCACACGUGGCUGCUGGCGAUGGUGGCGCUCGGCGGGUUCCUGCGGCUCGACUUCGAGGUGAAGACGGUCAUGGCGCUGGGGCUGGUGCUGCUGUACGUGCUGAUGAUGCUCGGUGCCUUCGUCAACGUCUUCCUCAUCGCCGAGCUUUACGAGGACGAGCGGCGCGAAUCGACGCUCACCACCCGGCUCGUCUCACUGGUGGUCAUCUUCGCCGAGGUCAUCAUCUACCACGGCCGUCUGAGCGAGCUGACGGCGCGGGUCGACUUCCUCUGGAAGCGGCAGGUGCACGAGGAGCUGGUGACGAUGACUGAGUCACGGGAAAACAACGCCCAGCUUCUGCACAACAUCCUGCCCGGCCACGUGGUCAGCCACUUCCUCUCCGGCCAGAGGAGUCCGGACGAGCUGUACUCAAGGCAGUACGAGUGUGUCGGAGUCCUGUUCGCCAGCAUACCUAACUUUGGCAGUUUCUACAGCGAGGACAUCAACAAGGGGCUCGAGUGCAUCCGUGUGUUAAACGAGAUCAUAGUUGAUUUCGACGAGAUACUAGACAAUGACAACUUCUUUUUUGUGGAAAAGAUCAAAACGAUUGGCAGCACAUAUAUGGCAGCAUCAGGAUUGAAUCCAGAUUGGGAGGCUAGCGAGAAGCAGCUGCACCUUUCGUCCCUCAUCCACUUCGCCAUCGAGAUGAAAAGCAAGCUGAAGGAGGUGAACAAACACUCCUUCAACGACUUCCGCCUGCGCAUCGGUGCCAGCUGCGGUCCGCUGGUGGGAGGCGUGAUCGGCGCCAAGAAGCCCGUGUUCGACAUCUGGUCCGACACGGUGAACCAGGCCAGCCGGAUGGAGACGACAGGCGUGGCUGACCGGAUACAGGUCACGCAAGCGCUGGCACAGAUCCUCGAAUGCCAGGGGUUCGCGAUCGAGGCGCGCGGCAUUAUCCAGGUGAAGGGCAAGGGCCAAAUGGAAACCUACUUCGUGAACGGCUACACGGGCACGUGCAGCCUGCGGCGCCUGUGCCCGACGGUGGACGCCGACGACCCGUCGUCGGUAUCCCGCCAGGGCAGCACGCGACGCAAUCUGGCCUCGGUGGUGUACGGCAUGGUGCAGAACCGGCGUCGGAUGACGCUGCGCUCAGUUUCCGGCUGUCAUUAG